AUGAUCGGGCCCAAGCAAUGGUGCCAUUGCCACCAAGGUGCACCAGACAACGUGGGCACAGUGGAUGAAGGAAAUGAAAGUAAUUCUGAACCUAAAUUAAUAUUUGCAGAUCUGAAGGUUACAGUAUCAGACUCGGGUAGUGGACAAAUCAAGCUGAACUGCAUCACCACCUGCUCUCUGUCUAAUAACCCCACUUACAUCUGGUACAAGAACAGACAGCGUGUUACUGACCAGGACAGAAAUGAACUGUAUGUCAGUAGUGGGAAUGCAGGCAGCUACUCCUGUGCUGUAAGAGGACAUGAGGAGCUUCGCUCUCCUGCUGUCUGUGUUUUUGAUGAGAAGCGCUGCUGGAGUGUGACUUAUUCCACUCAGACUGUCUGCUCUCUGAUUGGCUCAUCAGUGAACAUACACAGUUAUUACACCUUCCCUAAUAAUUACAAGGUUACAGAAGUGUUGUGGUUCAUUAAAGAACAUGAGGAUGUGAGAGAGGAUGAGGAGUAUCAGGGUCGAGUGCAGUACACACAGAGCUCCCAGAAUGACUGUAGUCUGAGAAUCACUAACCUGAGAGAGAGAGAUGCUCGAACAUACAGGUUCAGAUUCCACACUGAUCCUACAGGAAAAUACACCGGAAAACCUGGAGUCACUCUAUGA